AUGGCGGCGGUGGAGCGAAGAAUGGCUCUUCAUAGAGCGCAACAAGUGAAGAAAAGAUUAAUACACUAUCUAACUAACCUUGUUGUUGCAGUUUCUGAGGAUGAUGAUAUAAUCUGUAACAGGUACAAUAUGCUUGAUCAAUAUUUUGUUAAGAAAUCGGUGUUUUCAUUUUGGCUGAACCGUAACCCAGAGGAAGAGAAUGGGGUGAACUUGUUUUUGGAGGUGUUGAUCCCAAUCACUACAAGGGAAAGCACACUUAUGUGCCUGUGUCAAGAAAAGUUUGAUAUGGGAGAUAUACUUAUUGGAGACAAAAAAACUGGAAUUUGUGCUGACAGCUGUUCAACUAUUGCAGACUUAGGGACUUCUUUGUUGGCAGGUCCAACGGUAUGA